GUUAAAUUUUUAAUGACGUCAUAUCCUUCCGCUAUAAAUUUCAUGGUGAGUAUUUCCAGAAAAGGUCAGAUCGAAGAUAGCGAGUCUGCGAAUAUGUGGCAAGUUUUUCCACCAAAAGAUUCUGUACAGAAUUUUCCUGUGAAAUUUUCACGUCGAGCAACCAAGACAGAACAAGAACCAUACAAGGUUGAAUUUAGCGAGAAGGAACUUAGAGAGAGACUUACCCCACAACAGUACCGUGUGACACAGGAGAAGGGAACAGAAAGAGCAUUUACUGGUGAGCUUGUGAAUAACAAGAAAGCUGGUGUGUAUAGAUGUGUUGUGUGUGGCAAGGAGCUGUUUUUGUCUGACACCAAGUUUGAUUCAGGGUCUGGUUGGCCUUCAUUCUGGGACACACCUACAGAUGGGACUGUCAGAAAAAUUACAGAUACUUCACAUUUUAUGACAAGAACUGAAGUCACUUGUGCUGAUUGUGGUGCCCAUUUAGGACAUGUGUUUGAUGAUGGCCCAAGGCCAACAGGACAGAGAUACUGUAUAAAUUCAGCUUCACUCAAAUUUGAUCCUUCAAAAGGUGCUGACAAAAAUAAAAAGAGUGAAUUGUAAGGAAGGUCAUAGCUCCAAUAACUAUGGUAAACCAGUUUUGUGAUAGCAUUAGUUAGUUUUUCUUUUGUAAUGGCUACAUAAAGUGGCAUCUGAUUAUUAAUAGACU